UCAAGAAUUCCUUACAAAUAAAUUUUUAUUAUUUUUAUUUUUUAUAGCAUAAAGAUUUCUUGUUUAAUUUUUCCUUUCAGUUGUGGAAGAGAUCGUUUGCGCAUAUCUCACACGUACAAGGACACGUGGACCUGGUUCAGCCCUCACCGACUCGUGUAUCGCAGAGACUCAAAGUCCAUGUUGUGUUUCUCUCUCGUCUCUCUCGUUCGUCCUGGUUGAAAACCCUUGCCCAACGCAGGCAAACCAAAACUUUAAUAACUUCUUCUUCCUCUUCAAACUCUCUGAUCAAAGGUUCGUUGUGGACUUAAUUUUGAUAUGCUCAGUGACCAGUCUGUGGGUUGCGACUAGGGUUUCCAUUUCUAGAUUUUAUGCCCGAGUUUCGUAGAAUUGAAUACAAUUUGGUGGAGUUUGGUUAAUUAUGGUGAUCUGAGGCAUGGGAAUGGGUGCACCAGCUUGAGGUUUUUCAAGCUUCAUCUUGGAUAGGAGACCAUACAUAUAACAUGAGCACUCGAGCGGCCAGGUAUGUAAACCGAAGGAAGGAUCGGGUGGACUUAGACCUCAAUAGUGCGCCACCUGGUGACAAUCGGGAUCAGGAGGGAACUUCAACCCCAGCGGAUCCUCAGAAUAAUCAAGCUACCCUGCUAGGGCAGUCUGCACCACCUAAUAUGAUUGAUGUUGAGGCUAUUGAUGAUGAUGUUGUUGAAUCCUCCCCCAGGGCUUUUGCUGAGGCUAAAAACAAUGCCAGGAGGAACCAAAGAAGGAUCACUGUUGAUGUGGAUUUAGAACGAACUAGGGUCACUCGUAACAAGCGCAGAAGAGUUGCACCAAACCAAACUAUAAUUAAUUGUGAUUUCUACAUAAAUUUGGAAAGCAAUAACAAUUCCAGCUCCGCGAAAGAGAGUGUUGCACAACCAGCACCUCCCCCACCAAAGGAGCCCACUUUUAGCUGCCCCAUCUGCAUGGCCCCAUUAGUUGAGGAGAUGUCAACGAAAUGUGGUCACAUUUUCUGUAAGGCGUGCAUUAGGGCUGCGAUAGGUGCACAGGGUAAAUGCCCUACGUGUAGGAGAAAAGUAACUAUGAAAGAACUCAUUAGGGUAUUCCUCCCUACGACCAGAUGAGUGUGCAACUCAUGCCUAUAUUGGUGAUGGUUAUUGUAAGGUGCUUUUUGAGGAAGAAGGAUUAAAGAAUUGUUUUGGCAUGCCUGCAGAAUUGAUUUUCCAUACUUAAAAAUGACUGGUCUCAAAUAUGUGCCGCUUAUUAGGCCUAGUGAGGAUGAUGGUUUUUUGUAUGGAAAAAUCUUAUUGGUUAGUGGGGUAUUUGUACUCUCAUGUCUUGUCACCGUACAUCUAAUUUUAUGCCUUUGUAGCUGAGAUGUUAAUGCAAAUUAGCUUUUGGAUGUGCAAUCAAUGAGGAAAUCUAUCUUCACCCAAAUUCUGUGCUGAAUUGCUGACUGUAGGAGCUUCUUUUCAAUUUUUGGUUUAUGGUUGACUGGUAA